CGCGUUGGAAGAUACAGUUUAUAUAGUUGCAUGUAGUGGCUCGUAGGAAAGUCCUACGUUAUGUUCUAUAAUAAUAUGAUUCAGUUUCACUAAGCACUGUUACAAAGUCAGAUUUCCAAAGUGGAUAGGAAUAUCUGAAAUGUGCGUUAACGCACGGAAGUGCGCGGUGUAGAAUGGUAGAGUGAAGUAAAUUAUAAUACGUGCGAAGAGGUGAUAUCAUAGAAAGGCGAUAUGGGUUUCUGAGAGGGAUUUGGAUUGCGCAUGAAGACGGUAGGAAGUGGUAAAAGGGCCAGAAGAUAUAACGCUUACACCCGGCUGUCACGACGCCAUGUUUCUUCAAAACGGUCUACCGAUGUCGAAAACUUCUUUAUUAAUUCUCUGCUGUCUUGUAUUAGUUUCUGCUGGCCUCGAUGACGGGGAAACAGACAAGACAGAAAAUAUUUGGCAAAAGAAUGAAAAAAUUGCUACAUUAGAGAUAACAACAUCUCAAGAUAUAGAUGGAAUUGAAGCAGGCAGUACACCUUCUUUAACAUGUAAACUCAAUGUGCCUGGCCAAGUUUGGUGGACUACCAAAGGGAACAAUCUUACCACAAUUAAAGAUUUUGAACAUGCUGGACGAUUUGAUAUAAAAAAAGCAAGUAGGAAUGAUACGGGUGAUUACAAAUGUAUGGCUCGAACUAUUGAAGGAGAACUUCUUGAGAAAGAGAUUCAUAUUAGGGUUAUAGAACCUGGUAAAAUAACAUCGGAUAAAGAUGUCAGGACAAAUGUAUCAGAAUCAGCUAACUUAACUUGUCAUGUAUUUGGCUAUCCACUCUCAAAUUUCAGUUGGUUAAAGGGUAAUGAUACUAAGACCAGUGAAAGUUUGAAAAAUCAUUCGACUGUCACGCAUGUAAAUGAAACUUAUGUAAUAAUGACGUUAGAAUUUAAAAGUCCCUCCCGUAAAGAUAAUGGUACAUAUAUCUGUAAAGCACAAGAUAAUAAUGGCAUAAUAAGUGCCUACAGACAUCUUUUUGUAAUCGAUGUGCCAAAAAUUAACAUUGAUUUUAUAAAAGCUGUUGGUGCUGGAAGUAUCUUUUUAAAUUGGACAGUAGAUGAUGGUAAUGAACCAAUUACAAAUUAUUUAAUUAGACUUAUGAAGAAUGGAACAGAUCAAUUUCUGUAUUAUAAAGAACAAAUUGGUGGAGGUAUUUCAAGUUACGUUUUGAAACAUUUUGAAAAUGGCACAGCAUAUAAAAUUGGAAUUAGUGCUGAUAAUGCUGCUGGUUCAUCUCAUAUACAAUUUUAUCCACAUUGGGUAACUACGCUUGAAAAAGAUCCAGUGUUUAUACCAAAAGUUUCUGUUAAUGGUGUCACUGAAAAUUCUAUUACUAUAGCAUGGACUGUACCACCACCACAUCUGAAAGAGCAUGUACAUUUUUAUAAUUUAAUGGCAACUCACGCAGAUCAAAAACGACAGGCAGUUUAUCCAGCACAGCAGUUUACUGUAUAUGCAUUUGUAGAUCUUGAUCCAGCUACUACUUACAAAUUUAAAAUCGCAGCUUGCAGUGAAUAUACAAAACAGUGUGGUAAUUGGAGUACUGAGGUGAAUGGCACAACAUUAGAUGGAGUGUCUAGUCCACCAAAAAAUUUGGUAGUUACGUGUCAAUAUGAUAACAUAAGCAGUUCCAAUUUUAUUUCUAUUUCUUGGAAGACACCAGAGAAAUCAAAUGGUAUUAUAACUCGAUAUAAUCUACAAUUAAGUGGCAUAUCAAAAUUUAAAAAUGAUAUGGGCCGGUUAGAUAUAGACAAAUGGUCUUUACCAGUUAAGAGUAUUUCAAACAAGAAUAGUGUUAGAUAUGGCCAAAUACCAGCAAACACAAACUAUACGGUACAUAUACAUGGUGUGACUAGGUCUCGUUCUCCAGGAAAAGAUGCAAUUGGUAAUUGCACUACUCCAGCUACCAUCCCUGAUAGAGACAGUUUAAAUAUGAGAACAUGGAGAAAAAUUGAAAAUGAGGGUAGACAAUUAUUUAAAUUAUAUUUACCACGUAUUUCUGAAAGAAAUGGCCCGAUAUGUUGUUAUCGAGUAUUCUUAGUGAAAUUAGCACCACAAACGUCUGUUUCUGAUUUACCACCACCUGAGGAAAUAAACGUAUAUUCCUAUAGUUAUGCCCAUAGUUCUCCAACAGGUGCUGCAUAUGCUGCAGAGGCAUUUGACAGUGAUCAAUUAAUGUCUGAAAUUUUUCUCGGCGAUGGAAUAUCUUCUAAUGGUAGUGUUCAAUGUAAUCGAUGUAUUGGUCUUCGAGCUAAAGGACCACCGUCGGUAUUACACUUUGUUCCUGAAACCGAACCUCCAAUACCAACAAUUAAUGGAACAACUACAACUAUAUUCAGUACAGUACCAACAACAACUUCCAUAAGUCCUAAAACCAAAUCAACUAUCAUUGAUCAAAAAAUAGAAUCAACAACUCCAACUACAAUUAUCAAGAAUAGUACAGAAUCAACAGCACGUAAAAAAAGAGAAGAUACAUCAAAUUCUAAAACGAUUUUUAAUGAAAAGUCUUCGGAGUCAUCAGCACCUCCAAUACAGGAUGGUUUUUUGGAUGAUAGAUCAAAUUAUACUGGCUUUAUAGAAGUUAUUGUUUUCAGUAGUAAUGAGGAUCGAUUUCUACCUGCUUAUAGUGGUUAUUUUAAUCCUCUUUAUGGAGGAAAAGAUCUACGAAGUAUAACAGCUGAUGAAGUAACUAUGCUUGAAACAAUAUUACAAAUUUCUAUUGUUCUAUUAGUGAUCAUUAUGAUCCCGCUUAUUGCACUUUGCAUAUUACAUAAAUAUACUAAACGUGCACAGCAAAGGGGAGAAGAAAUUAUAACUUUAAGGAAUAGUUUCAGGUAUCUUUGUCGAAGUCUUCGUGGGAGGCAUCAGCUUGUAGCUGCAAGUCCACCUGAUAUGCCACCAAUUCCAAAGAAUGAAUUGUUGCAAGCAUAUCUUCAGCGUCAUAGAGAUUCUGAUUAUGGCUUUCAACAUGAAUUUGAAUUAUUGCCUGAUAGGUUUACAGAUCGUACUACGCGUGCUUCUGAGGCUAGAGAAAAUUUAUACAAAAAUCGUUAUCCAGAUAUUAAAUGUUAUGAUCAAACUAGAGUACGACUUGCACAAAUAGAUGGUAUUUAUGGAUCAGAUUAUAUUAAUGCAAACUUUGUUCUUGGUUAUAAAGAACGCAAAAAGUUCAUAUGUGCACAAGGUCCUAUGGAAAAUACAGUAUGCGAUUAUUGGAGAAUGAUUUGGGAACAACAUUUAGAAUUAAUUCUUAUGUUAACUAAUUUGGAGGAAUAUUCUAAAACAAAGUGUGCAAAAUAUUGGCCCGACAAGAGUGAAACAAAAAACUUUGGAGAUAUAACUGUUGAACAUAUUCGUGAAAGAGCGUAUUCUGAUUACGUUGUACGCGAAUUAAAAAUGACACGUCUUGGAGAACGAGACGCUCGUACUAUAGUACAAUAUCAUUUCCUUGUGUGGAAAGAUUUUAUGGCGCCAGAACACCCUCAUGCAAUAUUAAGAUUUAUCAAAAGAGUAAAUGAAGCAUAUUCCUUAGAAAAAGGACCAAUAUUGGUACACUGUAGUGCAGGUGUUGGUAGAACGGGAACGUUAGUCGCCUUAGAUUCUUUAUUACAGCAAUUAACAGAAGAGGGUCAAGUAUCUAUUUUUAAUACAGUAUGUGAUUUAAGACAUCAACGAAACUUUUUGGUGCAAUCUUUAAAACAGUAUAUCUUUAUUUAUCGUGCAUUAAUGGAAAUGGCACAAUAUGGUGAUACGGAAAUUCCAGCAUCCCAAUUAAAAGCGACUGUUACACGUUUAAGACAGAGAGAUAAUGGUAAAGAAAAAUGUCGAAUGGAAGAGGAAUAUGAUAAAAUUAGUUCUUUAUUAGAAGAUAGAAAAUCUUUCUCUGUUGGAGGAGGUGAAGAAAAUAGAGCAAAGAAUAGAAGCGAAUUAGUGAUACCAUAUGACAGAAAUCGUGUAAUACUUACACCUGUACCAGGCAGAGAACAUUCAACAUAUAUAAAUGCCUCAUUUAUUGAAGGUUAUGAUAAUUUUGAAUCAUUCGUUAUCACACAAGAUCCAUUGGAAACUACUAUAGCUGAUUUUUGGAGAAUGAUUUCAGAACAAUGUAUAUCUACAAUAGUUAUGUUAUCUGACUUAAAUGAAGGACCACGAAAAUGUCCACGAUAUUGGCCCGAUGAUGAAACUACUUAUGAUCAUAUUAGAGUACGAUACAUUCAAAGCGAGAGCUGUCCUUAUUACACCCGACGAGAGUUCUGUGUAUCUAAUACAAAGACAGAUGAAAGUGUAGUUGUAACACAAUAUCAGUAUCAUGGAUGGCCCACAGUAGAGGGUGAAGUACCUGAAGUAACACGAGGUCUAAUUGAACUUGUAAAUCAAACGGAGUCAAGUGGCUCGUUAGUAGUACAUUGCAGUUAUGGUUCGGAUAGAAGUUCGAUGUUUGUGGCAUUGAGCAUAUUAGUGCAACAACUACAAACUGAGAAACGUGUAGAUAUUUUUACAACAACAAAAAAACUCCGUUCUCAGCGGCAUGGCAUGAUCAGUACUUUUGCUCAAUAUGAAUUCUUAUAUCGUGCUAUUGUAAAUUAUUCAGAUCUUCACAAUCUUGCUGAUGGAGAAUCAGUCUCAUAAUAUCGACAAACGUAAGUUGGAACAAGUUAUAGCAUUUCACUUAUCAUGUUUGUUGACAGGAUAUGCAAACUCUAUGCAAAUUUUUUGCAAACAAGUGUUUGAAGGUUUAUAAGAGUUGAGAUAAACAUAUAUUCAACCAACCAAAGAACAUCUGCAGAAAUAUUAAUGAACAAACAUAAUAUAAUAUUGAACAUAAAUUUGUGCAUAAGAUAAUUCAAGUUCCAUAAAUAUGAACAUGGAAUUUUGCAUAUUAUAUUCUCAGUUUAGGUACUAGAGAAAUUUUUGCAAACAUUAUCUUUUAACGAAUGGCCAAUAUUGUAUAUUCCUAAACAAGUAGGAUAAUAUUAAAUGCACAAUUAAAAACACGGGCUAUCAGUGAUAUCGAUCAAUGGUUGGUUAUUAAUAUAAAGCUAUCAUAUAUUCAUGAUCAUUUGUAGUAUUACGUUCAUAUUAAUCACAUGAUCAUUAAACUGUUCUAAAGAACUAAAUUUUAUAAAAUGGAAAUAAUGAUCUUGUUGUCAUUUCUUUUUAAGUAAUAUUGCAAAGUUUAAAGUAUUCAUUUAAUGCCAUAAUAAAUAAAUAACAUACGAAGGUAUAUAUUUACCACCGAUAAAAAAAAAUGCAAGAUAUAUAAUAACGAAGUAUUAGAACAGUUUUUUUUUUCUUUUCGUAUACUUCUACUUGUUAUAUUUUAUUAUAAGAUUAUAUGUAAUUUCACAUUGAUAAAAAAUCAAUGACAUAAUUAAUGCUCUUCCUGACUCUGUUUACUAAGAUAUAAAUUAUUAUGUUGGAAGCAAGUAUACGUGAGAAUAAUUAUAUUAAUUAAUUUAAUUAAUAAUUAAAAAAGGAAUUUUUUUUUGUUAAAAUAAGUUCAAUAUCAUCAAGAAUGAAAUAAUAACCAGUGAUAGAUUGAUAUUCAUCAAAUAUGCAUCUUUAUAACGCGAAUAUACAUCAUAAAUUAAUUAUUAUCAUUAUUUUUAUAUAUUACUAUAUUUAUUGUAUUUCUGUUUCAAAGUCCGAUAUUAUAUAUAUAUAUCAUAAUUGAAAAUAAAAAUAAAUUAUGCAUAUUGAUAAAGAUUUUAUGGUGAGUCAGCAGGAGUAUUAAUGAAAAAAUGAAGUGCUUAUAAAAAAUGUGAAGGAAUAAUUGAAAGGAAGGCUAAUGUUUAUAUGUAUUAUUUUUCGCUAACUUUAAUGCUUUAUGUUAUUAAUGCGUUAUUUGACCAGAAAAGAGUAUGUUAUAAAAGUUUAUGAUUUAUUACCACAUUUAGUAUUAUCAUAAUUGUACACACACAUACACAUAGAUACACACAAAUGUGAAUAUGUUUAUCUCUGGAAACAUAUAUAUCAUACAUAUAUGCGUAAUGGUACGUGCGACUCACAUGCACUUUUUUCUAAAGAAAGACUGAUACUUUUAUUCAUCCCAAAAUACGCGAUUAAAGUACGUAGUUCGUAUAAUAUUUA